GCUCUCUGGCGGCUACUACAACGUACUACUCGAUGGUAAGAGGAGUGCACUGCGUCCCGCGACGAGGCAUUUUUGUAGUCAGUAGUGGCGUAGCCCUCGUGCCGGGAGUAUCUCGAUUUGACGCGGAGUACACGAGGCGUAUUCGGUCGUUGAUGUAUAAAUACGGACUGACGUCUCGUUCAUAAGUGGCAAAACUAUCGAGCGAUAAUAAAUCAAGGAAUUUGAAAAAUCGGUGAAAGUGUCGGGACGAGAACGUUUUUUGGUUAUCGUCGAAAGUGCUUUGUGAUUUAUUUUCAUUAACUGUUUUCGAGGCUUCGAAGAUCGAGGGAGGAAAUAAAAUCUCAUUUUCGUUGGAAAGAUUAUUUUUCGACGAUACUGCGACGAAAACUUUGAUCGAAUACUCAAGAAAUCGGAGGUUUCAGUGCGUCUUCGAUUUUUUUUGAGUGCUCGAGCUCGUGACAAGCCCCCGAAUUUCACGGGCCCGAGGAAUCCAGUGCACGACUCUUAUUCAAUCGAGCUCGAAAGCCGAUGCCGCAUGUUUGCCAGUCAAACAUGAUUCACGUGCAUUGACGCGCGAUCUCGUCGCGGGGAAUCCGGAGCGUAGCUGCGCUCGUCGCACAGACCGGUCUACGUCCGGCUUUUACAGAGUCAGGUUGAAAACGACGCGAAGGGAUGCUGAAACACGUGUCGGUCUCGCCCUGGAGAGGACGAGCGGACAGCGUCAGUCUCGCAUCGAGCGGGGGUGCGAGUAGCUGCGGAAGCGGAAGUCCAACCCCCGGUCACACGCCGCCACCCUCGAGGGCAUCAUCCUGCGCGUCUCUUGCGCCACUCACUGCCCUUUCGAGUUUCUCACCCGCCGACGCUGCGCCACAACAAACGACGAUCAAGGUGUACGCAAAUUGCUUGAGACCCGACAUCGAGUACAAGACAUUAAGCAUCACCUACGAAACGACCUGUCGCGAGGUCGUACAAAAUUUGUUGAACAAAUUUCGCAUGAGGCAUCGAGAUUCCAGACUCUUUUAUCUCACGAUGGAAGUCACCGUCCGACGAGCCAACGUUCGCACCGUUUUGCCUCUCGACGAGGACGCUCGACCUGCUGUUCUCCAGUCCUGUCACCCACGAGGAGAUUCGAGAUUUUCGUUGCAGACACGACGAGGAGGGCUCGUCAAGAUAUACGACAGCGCCCUCAUGUCCGGGUCGAAAUACAAAAGUCUACUGAUCUCGGAACAAACGACAGUCGACGAACUGAUACAGAUGCUACUCAGCUGCUACAGUUCGACCGAAAGAGUCGAGCAAUUUUCACUCUACGAGGUCUCCGAGGGCGAGGAAUAUCAGAGGAAACUCCAUCCGGACGAUUCACCUCUCAGAGUAACCCAAAGAUGGACGAGCAUCGAUCGACACUUGCGGAUCAGAAGGAAUCCCGAUUAUAAUCCGCACAGGAGAAAGAGUAUGUGGGCUUCGGAUUCGAGUAUAACGAUGGCAAUGUCGAGGCUUCACUUGCACAACAGUCAGGUGCAGCAGCAAUUACAACAGCAACAAUCCAAUCUGAGCUCGAGUCACAACAACAAUAAUCACAACUCGCGGCAUUUGUUUCUGCGCCAAUGCCCCAACAACAACAACAAUAACAACAACAAUAAUAACAACAACAACAAGAGUCAUAAUCAUAAUCACAACCACAAAAAUUGUCAGUCACGUUUACCACCAGUGACAUCCGGUCCGACGAGCACAGAAACCAUGACGACGUCCACGAGCAUGAUUCAACUUCAGACUCCAGCAAGGAUCGUCGCAUCACACAACAAUCAACUUUCCAAACAUCAGACCCAACAAAAGUCGUCACAGUUGGCUCAGAGCUUGCCCUCGACACCUCUCACGAAAAAACAUCUUACCACGUCCUCCGGUUACUCAGAUUAUGAGAAUUAUCUCUUCAUUUGAGCCGGAGACUCAACGGAAUUGCUUUUUGCGUUGUUAUUUUUCCGAAAAAGCACCAGCGUCCCUGCUCAGGUUCGGGGAUACAGUUUUGAGGAUCACUAUUAACAACGGAAAUGUCAAAAAGAUGAAUGUUUGCUUUGAUUUCGAGUUCUUGAAAUGUUUCAAUGCAAUCCAUGGUAAAGAGGAAACAACGUUAGACUUAUUUUUGUCUCGCUUUUAACCGUCGAGACCCUAAAUCAAAAGCAUUGGGGGCAAAGAAGCUAGCGAAAAAUGCAUUUGAUCAAAUAUUCGUUUAGAAAUAUUUUUUCCUACUUUUCAUUCGUUCACAACCCCAAAUUGUCUAGUUUCAUAACCACAAAUCGUAUAGUUAUGAAUUUCUAAUAUAAAAUCCAUGAAAAAAUGCAAAUUUCAAAUGUUCCAACCGUGGGGAAUCGCAGAAAAAUCAUUGUCCCCUUCAAUAAGAGCAAAAUUGAGUAAUUUCAAGCUUUGCAGAAUGUUGUAAUCGAAUGAUCGUGGUAAAUUAAACGAUCGUGGCAUUUCGCUGCGACAGGUCAAUUUGAAAAGGCUUUGUUGAUCUUAUCUUUCGAGAUAAAAGUGAGUUGAGACCAAAAAUGCUGAUCGAGAAAAACGUGGCUUAAUAUUUGAAUCCAAAUGGGCUAGGAUGACCCGUGCGCGUACAGGAAGGGCUGGAAUUAAAAAAAAUUGUGGUACAGAUCGUUCGUGGUGUAUUUUUUCUGGUUCGAACAGCAAGUGAAAAGAAAUUUGACGAACGAUUCGUUUCUGCAGUGGCGAAAUCGUCGUGUUCCCUUCUGUAAUAAAUUUGUACCUACAAUAGUUUGCCCUCUUCUUGCCUCUCGAUCAGUUACAUUUCGGACGAGCGUGAAACGCCGCAUAUAAAAAGAGCAUCAAUUGUAAGAAUGAUACUACGAUGAUUAAGUCAGUAGUACGAAAACUGUACCAAAGGUAGUCGUAUUUGAGUUUUAAGUUUAUCAUGUAAACGAAGCUUACGACGAAAACAAAAAAAUUAUAUAUAAAUACAUAAAUUUAUGUUGUAACGAUCUAAACAAACGACAAAAUAUUUUAUAUUAUUUCCUAUGUAUAUGCCAUUGCUUAUACGUGUUAUUAAGGCGUUCUUCAUCGAUAAGCACGUGUGUGUGUGCUGAGCGCAAAACUGUUAGAAAUCAAAGUGAGCGUCUAACGAGGCAUUUGCAACGGAGGCCCGAAUCGAAAGAAAUGAGCACAACGAAAUUGGAGUUUUCUUCCUCCAAUUUGCUUGCAAUUCCGUAACGAAAUUCAACAAAAAUUGAACGAGUCCGAAGCGGGUUCGUCAUUUCUGAAUGUGUACGGCGAGGGGAAAUUUGCAGCUUUUGAUCUUUGUACAAAAAAAAUAGUUUUUUUCUGUGUUUAUCUGAAUCCUCGUUGACACUUUUUCGUAGGAAAAAUGGCUAAUGUUAUUUGAGAUUCUAGUCAGAUUUGGCUAAUUAAAAUGCUUUUGGAUUUGCGAGAAUAUUUGGACUUGGGGAUCGAAGGGAUGAAAAUUUGUAAUUUGCGCGUUCGUGACGACUUGAUUUCCUGAAAUGGGAUCGAAAAUGUUGAAUUUCUUAUGGAAGUUUUGAUCGAAGUGCUUUUCAAUGGACUUUCCAUUCGGGCUUGACACGAGAAACAAAAACAUUGAGAAACGAGCAUUUAUUUGUGUGUUCGGAAGCGGUAUGACCGAAAAGUCGUAUUUUUUAUUUAUUUAUUACGCUCCUCGUAGAGUUAUUGAAGAACCGGUCGCGCUUCGAUUUCAAUGAUCGAAUAUUAAACGAUUUUUCGUUCAUUGUAACGUCACAGAUUCACUUUCGUUUAUUGUUAUUUUUCCUCUCUUUCUCUUUUUCCUUUGAACAAAACCUUACUCGUAACUUUACUCUCAUCACGGAAAGCGCAAGUGCAGAAAUAAAAACACUCUUCGUUCCGUCGAUGCAAAAAAAAAAACAAUAGUACAACGUUCCUGCUCGCAGCUAUGGGAAUACCGUUAAGUUACCUUUCUAACCUAAAAAUUUGUAAACUCUUUUCCUCCGCGUGACGAAAGAAACGAAAUUAAAAAGAAUAAAUAUUCAAA